AUGCCUGGAACGCUACUCAGCUGGCCCGACUGGCCCGAGUUCACGGCCGCCAAAGGAGAAGCAGGAGAUGACCUGGUCGAGUUCAAGAAGACCAUUGUCGACAAGUACGGGGAGGACGCGCUCGUCAAGAGCUGGCUCAGAGUGUGCAGGGAACUGGAGGCAGUGACGGACGAGAUCGCCGAGAGGGCCAGCUCCAUGAUCCCGGAGGUCCAAUUCGAACAGUUCUUCUCCUUGCCCGCCGAACAGAAGAAGGCGUUGAAGGAAGUGGGAUGUUUUGUCGUGCGAGACGUCUUCAGCAAAGAGCAGGCGAAUGACUGGUUUGACCAGCUGAAACAAUAUGUCGCAGCCAACCGGGCCUCCAUCACAGGCUGGCCUGCAGAAACCCCCUUCAUCCUCAACCUGUAUUACUCCCCUACCCAGAUGGCGGCCCGAUCGCAUCCCAACCAACUCAAGCUGAGCGAGGAGCUCAAUUCUUGGUGGCACGAUGACUCGGGAACCACCUCCCCCAAGCCCCUGUCCUAUGCCGAUGGCGUCCGCAUCCGACCGCCAGGGGUUGCGUUCAAGGGACUCGGUCCUCAUAUCGAUGCAGGAAGCCUGUCUCGCUGGGCCGACCCGGUCUACCAGUCUGUGUAUUCUGCCGUCUUCUCGGGCAAUCCGGAGCUCCUGGACAACUACGAUCUGACGGUUCGCAAAAUGGCCAACCAGGCCAUGUUCCCCGGCUCGGCUCAUUCACGCGUCUUCCGAAGCUUUCAGGGUUGGACUGCGUUGACGUCGGCCGGGUUGGGAGAGGGGAGUUUGAUGCUCUAUCCUAAUGUCAAGUGGGCCAUGGCCUACCUUCUACUGCGACCAUUUUUCCAACCGCCCGAGUCGGAAGAAGAGAUCAUGGAUGCGACCAAGUGGAAGUUCGAUGCCACCAGCCCGUGGUUCCCGGGCACCUUCAGAGGCGACAGCCAGCUCCUGAGCCCGUCCUCGCACCCGCAUCUCCGGCUUCGAGAAUGCAUGGUUGGCAUUCCCAAAAUGAGCCCGGGUGACACAGUGUGGUGGCACGCCGACAUGUGCCACGCGGUGGAGGUGGAGCACAACGGUGACCACGAAGCAAGUGUCGCCUACAUUGCCGCCACGCCGAGGACGGAGGAGAACAAGAGAUACAUCAAGGGUCAGUUGGAGGACUUUCUGCAGGGCAUUCCACCAGAGGACUUCCGAAAAGGCCCUUCCGAGAAAACCUUCAAGUUGUUCACAGGCGAGAGCGGUAUCCUGGGUGGCGAGGCGGGAAGAAAGGCCAUGGGGUUUGACCUCAUCGCCUGA